AUGUCAAGAUAUCACAAAGCAGCCAUUGAUGGCUAUUUGGAUCUUUUGAAAGAAGCCACAAGAAAAGAUCUGAACACCCCGGACGAGGAUGGCAUGACACCCACACUCUGGGCGGCUUAUCAUGGACACAUUGAGGCUCUUCAACUUAUAUGUAGCAGAGGGGGGGAUCCAAACAAAAGUGACAUAUGGGGGAACACGCCCUUACAUCACGCCGCUGCAAAUGGUCACAUGCAGAUCCUCAGCUUCCUAGUGAAUUUUGGAGCUAACCUCUUCGCUCUGGACAAUGAUUUCCACACUCCUAUGGAUGUCGCUGCCUCUCGAGACCAUAUGAACUGCGUUCGCUUCCUAGACAGCAGCGCCUCCCAACAGACAAGCCAGAAUGCAAAAAAGGUUGCACGUCUGAAAGAGCAGGCCACCAAAGAUGCAGAACGUAGAGUCAAGCAGUGCGAACAGGUUAAGAAGAGGCAUCAAAGUAGGAUGGACAAGAUGUACCGUGGUGGUUCUGUGUCGGAAGCCAGUCUAGCCUCAUCCAGCAUGGGCACCAUAAACAGCGUGACCGGGGAACAAUUCUCAAAACUCAUUGCCGCAGACACCAAUGGAUCUAUCAAGUCAACAAUCAAGGGAACCUUCCAACGCAAGUUUGGAAAAAAGGACAAAGGGACAAUGAGUAGACAGGGGGACAGCAAUGUAAUUUUUGUCAAACAAGACAGUGGCUCUCAAGGGAAGCCUGAGUUUGUUGACGUCUUCAAUGAGCAGGAUGAAAAUGAGGAGGACGAAGAUGGUGAGAGAGGUUUUGACAAUGACGAAGAGGGAGCAAAUCAGAUGAAAUCUAUCUUUGAAAGGCCUGGUCUUGGUAAAAUGGUGUUCCGCAAGAACUUCUCCAUGGAGAUGGGCAUUGAACCAGAAGACCUUCCGAGUGGUGAUACAGAAGACCUGGGGUUUCUCAUUCGACAAGAGGUGUUUGAGACUGUGAACGUAGGAUUGGAAGGUUUUGAGGAGGAUUCAGAACUUCCUUGGAAUGAACAGGAGAUUGGUCUGGAUGAGGAAGAUGAGACAUCACCCUUGGAUUCAUUCUUGGCAUCCAUCAGCCUGUUGGACUUUGCUCCUGUGUUCACUCGUGAGCAGCUGGAUCUUGAAGCCCUGAUGCUCUGUUCAGAUGAUGAUCUCAAAAGCAUCCGCAUCCAUCUGGGGCCACGCAAAAAGAUUUUGGAUGCUGCGGCUCGCAGGAAGGCUGUCCUGGAGCAGUCUGGUGUUAUGAAGGAUAGCUUCCUUUAAAAAUAACAUGAAGCAUGUUUCUUGUUUCUCUCAUAGCUCACUUUUUAUGAUUUGAGUGAUAACAGUGCUUGCAAUUCCUUUUCUUUAAAAGCAUAAUUCACCCAAAAAUGAAUAUUCUGUCAUCAUUUACUCACCCUGUCAUUCUAAACACUACAUGACUUUCAUUUUUCAGUGGAACACAAAUAGAGAUAUUUAAAUAUAUCCAAGCUGCUCUUUGUGAUAUUUUUUGAUAAUGCUUUUAUACAACAGUUCAACCAACAAGUAAAUAAUAUUGAAUAACUUACGUUUCAGACAAACACUGGCCAGUUAGAUAAUGCAUUUCCAAUCUUUGUUUUUAAAAGAAUCUUUUAAGGGAACAAACCAUUCUCAUUCACUUCCAUUAUUUCAGUCAUGUUGUUUAUUGAAUCACUUAAGGACUCAUUUACUUGCUCAUAACAUAAAAGAAGCUCAUUUGUCGCCACCUACAGGUAUAAAGACGUUAUAUACAGAAAUGAUCACUGGACAAAUCAGUGAACAAAAUCAAAAUGAACAAUGAAUAAAAAUCCUCACUACUAUUUGGAAAGCCGCAUACACACACACAAGCAGAGUGAUACAAAUAGUGAAGAAUCCCAGUGUUUUUAUAUUGAAUAUCAGCACUCUUGGAAUGCUCAUUGGCCAAUUAGAUUCAAGGACUGGAACUAACUGUUGUAUAAAAUGCCAGGGGCUUGAAAAGGCUUUAAAAAAGACAAAAAAGCACCAUAAAAGUUGUCCAUAUGACUUGUGCACUACAAUCCAAGUCUUCUGAAGACAUACCAUAGCUUUUGUAAAGAGCAUACCCAAAGGAAAUUCAUAGUUUAUUAAAAAAUAUUGCUUGACAGCUGUGGACAUAAUUGUCAUUUUUGUGUGAACUAUC